AUGGGUAAAGAAAUUGUUCGCCAAGAGUCACCAUCUGAGCCAGGCAAACGAAGUAGAUUGUGGUUUUAUGAGGAUAUUUGUCAUGUUCUUGAAGAAAAUACCAAACUUGUUGAAAUCAAUAUGCCUCGUAGCAGCUUGUCACAACUUGGAGAAGGAUUCAAGAGGUUGCAGAAUCUAAAAUCUAUGAGUUUGGAGGGAUGCAAGUUCCUCACAGAAACCCCCAACUUUUCUGGAUUCCCAAAUUUAGAGGACUUGAAUCUAAACUACUGUACAAGUUUAGUUGAGGUUCAUCCUUCUGUUGGAUUCCUUGAUAAGCUUAUUUGCUUGAGUAUGAGAGGAUGCCGUAAACUUACGAAACUUCCAGGAAGGGUUCACUUAAAAUCUCUGGAAUCUAUAGAUCUUAGUCAUUGUGGAAGGCUAAAAAAUUUCCCUGAGAUUGUUGGAAAGAUGGAAUCAUUGGGAGAGAUGAACCUAUCCGGCACUGCCAUUGAAGAAUUGCCUUCAUCAAUCAGACAUCUCAUUCGUCUCUAUUCGUUAAAGUUAAGCAACUGCAAAAACUUCACAAAUCUGCCAUGCAGCAUUUAUGAGUUACAGAAUCUUCAAUUUGUUUAUCUUCGUGGAUGCCAGAAGCUUGUGAGAUUUCCAAAUAAGGUGAUUCCAACCAACUCAAAUGACAUUGCUGGUUCUUUAACGCUUCCCAAUCUUUUCCAUUUAUAUAUAGAAGGUGCCAAUUUAUCCGAAAUCGAUUUCCUUGGGACUCUUGAUUGUUGGUCCAGAUUAGGCGUACUUGAUCUUUCAGGAUCCAAUUUUGUUAGACUUCCCGAAUGGAUUACCAAAUUUGUCAACAUGCAAGAACUGAACUUGGUUGGCUGCAAGAGGCUUGUAGAGAUUCCAGAUCUUCCACCAAACAUAUCUUCAGUAGAUGUGAGUGGUUGCAUAUCAUUGGAAAGAUUUCCGAAAUUGCCAAACAUCUUGGAAGGCAAAGAGUUACAGAGGCAUAGAAGGAUGGACUUGUCUAAUUGCUGGAGACUGCUCGACAUUGCGGCUCACUUCUCUGAUCACUUUCUGAUCGCUUGUAAGCAAUUGUCAGUCGGGGUCGUAUUUCCAGGAAGUGAAGUUCCAAUGUGGUUCAACUGUCGUAAGAAUUUGAAGAAGCCCGUAAAGAACUGUGACAUUUCCUUCGAAAUCCCUCGAGACUUCAGAUGGGAAAGAAAGGAUUGGCUAUCUCUGUUGCUUUUGAAACGCCAUUUAAAUCCGGCUCGUUUUAUGCCGUUAUUCACGUCAAUGAAGAAAAAUUUAUGGUGUUAUGUUUGA